AUGACAAAAAGUGAUGAAGAAUGGAAAGCAAUCCUUUCACCUCAGCAAUUCAGAGUUUUAAGACAACAAGGAACCGAAGCCCCUUAUUCAGGAGAAUACAAUUCUAAACCGACAACAAAGACAGGGGUCUAUGAGUGUGUUGCAUGUAGAAACCCGUUAUAUAAGUCACUGACGAAGUUUGAUUCUAACUGUGGGUGGCCUGCAUUCUACGAAGCUAUUCCAGGAUCGCUUAGAAUACUAAAGGAUGAAUCGCAUGGAAUGAUAAGGGAAGAAAUGCGUUGUAGUAAGUGUGAUGGUCACUUGGGUCAUAUAUUCAGAGGCGAGGGAUAUAAAAAUCCUACUGAUGAAAGACACUGUGUUAAUAGUGUUUGCUUGAAAUUUAAAGAAUAA